AUGUCUACAAAUCUGUAUUCGUUUUCCGAGGAGACAUCUACAAAGCUUCGUAAGUUUCGCUUUGCAAGUGCAAGAAACGAUGACGUUCAGGCUAUGGUUUACGCCAUCGACAAACAGUCGUAUGAGAUUCUUGAAGAUGCCAAUAUCGACUCACCGUUGGGCUCAAUUGAAGAGCUCGUUGAAGAACUACCACCGUCGAGCCCGAGAUUCAUAGUCCUUUCAUACCCCUUGACUCUCAAAGAUGGUAGAAAAGCGUCACCAUUGGUGAUGAUCUACUGGUUACCACCAACGGCCCCACAAUCGUUGAAGAUGCUGUACGCAGCUGCUGUGGAGCUGUUCAGAGAUAAGGCUGGUGUAGCAAAGCUGAUUGAAUACACAGACGAAGAAGACUUUGAGGAGAUUGAAGACAAUGUGUUAUAA